GUGUGGGUGGGUUCCAAGCAGGGCGAGGAGGAGGAGGAGGAAGAGGAGGGAGACGUGAGGUUGUGAACCAGCAGGACGGCGUUCACGCGCCAAAGACUGCACGCUGCUCAAUACAAACGCGGACAGCAUCACAAAGACAGCAGCAGCCUAUGUGGAGGUUUCAUCUUUCAGCCGCGGAGCGAGGAUUAAAGCGGACAGGACAUCUGAUGCAGCCACUCCAGUGAGCAGCUCGAGACGCCGAGGCCGCGGGACAUCGUCGCCGUGCGGGCGGUCAACUAAAGACGCGCAUACCGUCAACCACCGCUGUGUGUCCCUGUCUCGUGAACCACGGGGAAUCCGGACGAUGGCGGAGCCGGCGCUGGUGCUCCUCGUGACACUGCUGCUGCUCCUCGCCGCUUCGCCCCGCGCCGAGACUCAAGGCGAGAGACGCAAACCGCGCGGCAGGUCGGCGCGUGCGGUCGACAUCCCCGUGAUGUUGGCUGCUGCUGCUGCUGCUGCUGGCGGUGGCGGUGAGGCCGUGGGCCGCUGCUCCUACACCUUCGUGGUGCCGUCCAGCGCCCCGCCGGGGCCCGUGUGCGUGCGCGAGAGCGGCACCACCUCAUCCUCCUCCUCCUCCUCGUCGCCGCCGUCAUCGCCGCCCGGGAAUUGGAGCGCCGGCGGCGCCUGUCGCUCGGAGCUCGGAAAUCUGCGAGACGAGCUGCGUCGCCACGGGCGGCAGAUCACGGCGCUGCAACAGCUGGUGGAGGUUGACGGCGGCCUGGUGAGCGAGGUGAAGCUGCUGCGCAAGGAGAGCCACAACACGAACGCGCGCGUCACGGCGCUCUACGCGCAGCUGCUCCACGAGAUGAUCCGCAAGCGCGACGGCGCCCUGGACGCCGCGCAGCUCGAGACGCGAAUCCUCAACCAGACGGCCGACACCCUGCGCCUGCUCGCCAGCUACCACGAGCUGCAGCGCCGGUUCGCCGCGCUCACCGCCGUGGUGACCAACCAGACGGCCACCAUCUCCCGCCUGGAGGAGCUGUGCCGACCACGCCACACUCCUCCGUGCGUCGACGGAGGGACCCCCCUCACUCCGCCGUGCCCCCCGGCUCAUCCCGGGGGGGCAUUGCCCCCCCUCCAACCCGAGCCGCCGUCCUUCGCCUACAAACAUUCGGCGCACAAAAUCUCGACCAACGAGAUCCUGGGCGAGGGGGGCGCAUCGCGCCGGGCGGCCGAGAGGGGAGCCCCGCGCGUUCCCCCGGCCCAGCCGCAGCCUCGUGCCGCCGCUCCUCCCGCGCCGCCGCGUGCGGCGCCAACCCCGGGGCGAGCCGCCGCCGCCGCCGCCGCCGCUGCCACCGCCGCUGCCAUCGCCACCGCUGUGCCAGCAGCUGGCACCGGCUCCACCACCCCAAAGCCAUCAGGCCCGUGGCGGGACUGCCUGCACGCCCUGGAGGAGGGCCAGCAGGCGAGCGGGAUGUAUCUCCUGCGUCCGCGCGGCGCCACGCGCCUGGCGCAGGCGUGGUGCGACCAGCAGCAGGACCCCGGUGGCUGGACCGUCAUCCAGCGGCGCCACGAUGGCUCCGUAAACUUCUUCCGCAACUGGGACGCGUACAAGCAAGGGUUCGGCAACAUUGACGGCGAGCACUGGCUGGGGCUGGACAGCGUUCACGCGCUCACCAGCGCCGGCGACUACAAGCUGCUCGUGGUGCUGGAGGAUUGGCAGGGCCGUCGAGUGUUCGCCGAGUACGGCAGCGUGCGCGUCGCGGGCGAGGCCGAGGGGUACCGCCUGCGUCUCGGGCACUUCCGCGGCACGGCGGGCGACUCGCUGGGCUGGCACAACGGGCGUCAGUUCACCACGCUCGACCGGGAUCGCGACAACUUCUCCGGGAACUGCGCCCACUUCCAGAAGGGCGGCUGGUGGUACAACGCCUGCUCGCACUCCAACCUGAACGGCGUGUGGUACCGGGGCGGGAACUACCGCAGCAAGUACCAGGACGGCGUCUACUGGGCAGAGUUCCACGGGACGUCCUACUCGCUCCGCAAGGUCACCAUGAUGAUCCGUCCCAACCCCUCCAUGUUCCACUGAGGCCGAAGCGCAGCUCCCCUCCUCCCCUCCUCCCCCCGCGGCCUCUCACCCCCCUCCCUCUCCUCUCACCUCCCUCAAGGCCCCUCUCUACUCACCUCUCUCACCCUGGCACUUGCUUCAGCUGCUCACCGUCUCUCUCGUCCGAUCCCCUCCCUCUCUUUCGCUCACCUCUACUCCUGCCCCCUCUCUCUCAACCCCUCGUCGGCGCAGACGUCGAGUCGUGCGCAGGCGCUGCAACUGCACCGGGGCCCCACGGGCCGGAGGGAGUGGGUGGGGGUGGGGGGGGCACGGGCCGCUACGAGGCGAGGGUCCCAUUCCAUUCCUGUGGACUUCUUCUUAGGCGCCUCCUAACAAUUGCACGCAAGCUCAAGUCCGCUCGGUGGAAGGGACGAUGCGAUUGAAGGCCCCCCCCCCACUCCCCUCCCACGUUCACUGUUGACGCUCAUCGCUCAAUGUCGCUGGGGGGGGCGGGUGUGGGGGGGGGGGGGGUCGCAAUGCGGUGGCGCUGCGUUGUGGGGCACCCGGCGGAGUGACCCGCGCUGCGUUGUGGCUGCCUCUCUGUCGGUCGCACCCCCCGCCCCCAACGCCGUCCCCACCCCGUACGUCCAUCGUGAGCGUAAAGAGAUGCAGAGCUGUGCGAGAGUGGCUGAGAGGGUGGGGGAGAGGAGGGGGUGGGGGAG